CAGGUUCCUUUUGUUUCCAAACGGUCCGGUUAUCACGGUGCACACUUGGUUAAGAAGAAGGGAUUUCAGCGAUGGAUAUCUCAAGCUUUCAUUCAUAACUGUUCUUCAAAGUGUAAAGAGAAGAGCUUGCUACCAUGCCCACUGUGGUUCUUAUGGACUCGUCGCUGUCCAUGACACGACCCGUGUCAGUGGAAGGCAGUGAAGAGUUUCAGAGAAAGAACCUGGCAGUUCAUGGACUGACCAUGCUGUUUGAACACAUGGCCACGAACUACAGACUGGAGUUCACUUCACUUGUCACCUUCUCCUCCCUCUGGGAGCUUAUGGUGCCCUUUACCAGAGACUACAAUACUCUGCAGGAAGCCUUGAAUAACCUUGAAGACUAUGAUAAAACCUGCCUAGAGGCUGCAUUGCAAGGUGUUAGUAAUAUAGUACAGCAGGAAUGGGGAACCUCUUGCCCAUGCCAGGUGGUACUGGUUACAGAUGGUGCACUUGGCAUUGGUCGUGGAUCUUUGCGUCAUUCCCUGCAAACAGUGAAACAACGAGUGGAGGACAAGAAAUUCCCACUGCCUUUCCCAUUCCCUUCCAAACUCUAUGUCAUGUGUAUUGCAAAUGCAGAGGAGGUGGUACUGGUUACAGAUGGUGCACUUGGCAUUGGUCGUGGAUCUUUGCGUCAUUCCCUGCAAACAGUGAAACAACGUGUGGAGGACAAGAAAUUUCCACUGCCGUUCCCAUUCCCUUCCAAACUCUAUGUCAUGUGCAUUGCUAAUGCAGAAGAGCUGAUUGACCAGGCAUACUCUCCCUUCCAUGCGGUGCUGCGCUGUGGGAACCUGACCUCUGAUGUGCAGGUCUUUCCCAGGCCAGAGCCAGUGACCAUAGAUGAGGAAGUGGAUCCCAUGCCCAGAACAGUGCAAACAGACUUGGAGAUUGUGGGUUUUAUUGAGAUUGGAGAUAUCUCCAGCCCCCCGGUUUUAUCCAGGCACCUGGUCCUUCCCAUUGCUGUGAACAAAGAGGGGGAUGAGAUCGGUACGGGGGCCACUGAUGACACAGAGGAAGAGACCCCAACAAAUCAGAUGGCUGGAAAGAGCCCAAACUUCUGUGUUCUUCUACAUGGCAGCCUAAAGGUGGAGGGGAUGGUGGCACUUGUACAACUAGGACCAGACUGGUUCGGGAUGCUUUAUUCCCAGGCAGACAGUAAGAAGAAGUCCAAUCUAAUGAUGUCACUCUUUGAGCCUGGCUCAGAGCCUCUGCCCUGGUUAGGCAGAAUAUCACAGCUUGGCCCUGCCUCAGAUGCAGCUGAAAAUCCCUAUGGCGAAGAUGACAGUAAAAGUCCUUUUCCCAUACAGCCAAAAAACAAAAGAAGCUAUGCUCAGAAUGUUACCGUCUGGAUUAAAGCCAGUGGACUGCAGACAGAUGUACAGAAAAUUCUCCGUAAUGCAAGGAAACUGCCAGAAAAAACACAAACCUUCUAUAAGGAACUGAACCGUCUGCGGAAGGCCGCUCUCGCCUUUGGUUUCUGGGAGCUUUUAAAGAGUGUGGCUGAACUUCUGGAGAGGGAGUGUACACUGCUGCCUGACUCCGCCCAUCCCGAUGCUGCCUUCCAGCUCUCUCAUGCUGCUCAGCAGCUCAAACUGGCUAGUAGUGGAGACUCCAAGUAUGCAGCCUAUGAACACAAUAUCACCCCCAUGCUCACUGAUUUCUCAGGGGGAGGAGGAGCCGACAGAAUAUAGAGGACGGAGGUACAAUGC